AUGCCCAAGAACCUUCACACAUCCCUCCCUCCCACACAUCCUCCUCUUCCACACAACCCCCCCACCCCCACCCCCCACCGAUCUCCACGACCCCGAACAGAUCCCGCAAUGCCCUUCAAGAUCUGCCCCCACGAUCGCAAAUCCCCCUCAGAGAUCGAAGAUAGGACAAAAGCUUCUGAUCCGCAAGACCUGCCGUUGCUAUUUAAAGUUGAUCAGAGAGAGGGAUAG